AUGGGAUCACUCCUGGGGACAAGCCGGGCAUGGAUGGUACGGUUCCAGGUGGGCCUGGGACCACCGCUAUGGCCACGGCGACCACACUGGCUGGGACGAUACGAGAGGCUGGGCCAGUUCAUCUACGGGACCGGCUCAUCAGAUGGAAGUGGCCCUGACCGAGACUCCAAAGAGUCAUCUUCGGAUCCUUGGGGUCGCCGUGAUUCCACUGGGGACUCGAGGGGCACGGGCUUCCACGAUGGCCACCGGCAGCCCGACGGCUGGAGGCCCUCUACGGACGGCCAAGGUGGGGCCGACUACAAGGGCCCUCGGUUCGGCGAUGGCCCCAGGGGGCCUUCUGAGAAGAUGAUCGUGCCGAGUUUCUCUGGCAAUGUGAACGACGAGGGCGACGACCUGGGAUCCUCCGCGAGGUCGUACCUUCGUCAGGUGUCAGCAUGGCGCCGUAUGACGCGGAUGAGUAAGGAUCAGCAAGGCCUCACGCUUUACCAGCACCUUACUGACAGAGCUUGGAUCGAUGCGGAAAGAUUGGAUAUGGACAAGUUGGGAAGCAUCGACGGCGUGGACUACCUGCUCUCUUGGAUCAAGGAUCGCUACCUGGACGUGCAGGUGACCCAGGUGGGAAGAAGUCUAUCUGACUUCUUCCGCAGGCUGCGGAAGAAACCGUCUCAGCCUAUGCGAGAGUACAUGGCAGACUUCGACAGGGCCUACGCGAGGCUAUCGGAAGUUGGAUGCCAACUUCCGGACGUGGCUGCAGCCUGGGUGUUCGUGGACCGAAUGGGGCUAGAAGAGCAUGCUGAACUCAAUUUGCUGGCUUCGGUUGGGAAUCAGUAUUCUUUGAAAUCCCUUCAGCAGGCUGCCAUCGUCCACGACCGGGGGUUACGCAAACCUUGGGAGGCUUCGAAUGGGAACCCCAAGCGACCCUGGGGACCGAGGAAGCCUCACUCGGCGAACAUGGCGGACCCCGACGACUUCUUCGGGGACAACGGCACCGAGGACCAGGCCGACGAGGAUGAGGGCGUCCCGGAGGAGGUCGCCCACGACUUGUACGAGGCUUUCAUGACUCACGAGACGGCCAAGCAGCGCUACCGCGAGAACUCGAAGUUGAGGGGAAGCGAUCCUGAUGCUCUUCGGCAACUGGCGGCCGAAAAACUGAGGAUGGCAAAGGCGAAAUCAUUCUGCUCGGGCUGCCGCAGGCGCGGCCACUGGCACAAGGACGCAGUUUGCCCCUUGAACAAAGGGGCGGCUACAGGUGCUUCGUCGGCUACUACGACGGCGGCCACACAGGGCAGCCACCCCGGCGGAGGAGCUCGCGAUGCUACUAAGACGAAUUUUCCCUGCCAUGUGGUCCACGUGACGUGGGAUCUGGGAGAACAGGAUGUCCCACGGCUCCUUGCCAUCACGGAUACCGCCUGUUCGAAAUCCGUGGCAGGCACCGGAUGGGUGGAUGGAUACGUCGAAGAAGCCCGUCGUCGGGGCUGCGAGCCAAAAUUUGUGUCCUGCAAAGAAGCGUUUCGCUUCGGUGCAUCGAGGGUGUUCAUGGCGAGCUAUGCGGUGAUCCUCUGUUUCACUCUGGGUGACUCCACUGUCACUCUGGCGGUGGUGAACGGGGAAGUCCCGCUCCUUGUCUCGCGCCCGGCACUAGGCGCCCUCGGGAUGAUUAUGGACGUGGCAGCCAACACAGCCUCCUUCCGGAAUGUCAAGGCGAAGGACAUGGGCUUGACCGUGACAGAGACCGGGCACCCAGCAGUGCCUAUUGUUCCGGCCCCAUUGCCUGCGUCUUACCGCCCAUCUCCGAACGAAGGACCUUUUUCAAUCCUGGAAAGUGGAGCACUCAACAUUAUCAUCGAAAAGAUCUACUCUUGCAAACUCUUGGAGAAGUUAGGACUGUACAAGCCAUCGCCUGCAAGUCUUUUAGACAGUAUCCUGAUGUACAUGGGACAUGGCGCGAUGAUCAAGAACAAUCCGUGUUUCCGAUGUUGUGGAUCGGAAGAACUGUCUUUCAUAGACGACAAUCGAUGCCAGUGCUCCCUCACUCCACGCCUCUCGGUGAUCAUGGCCUUCAGCUCCCCUCUCCUGACAGCACCCAUGGUGACGAGGCCGAAAACCUUGUGGGAGUUCACCAAGGGCGAGUUGGUCGCCGAGGCGAGGGCACGGAACCUUUGGUUCCACGAAUCCUGGACCGUGCAAGAGAUCAGAUCGGCCAUCCAGGACGACCGCAAGGCGAGCUCCAGCCAGACUCCCACGAUCUCGGGCAUGAGUCACCUGUCUGCGGACGACCUCAAGGAGAAGGCGAAGACCCUCGGCUAUGCCCUGCCCCCGCAUGCCACCAAGGGAACGAUCAUGCGCAUCUUGAGGGACCAGAAUAGCAUGGGGCCGGAGUCGCUGCUCACCUUGGGACGGUUCAAAGGGAAGAAGUUUGCCGAGACCCCCGUGGGAUACCGCGGGUGGGCCAUCAAGGAGGUGGGGUCCAACGACAACCCGUCGGAGGAGCUAGUGAUGUUUGCGAAUUGGUGGCAAGGAGAGCUACACCGGCAGAACGAGAUGGCGAACCGCGCGAGCACCUCGACAAGGGACCCGACCUACCUGGACCCCGAGGCGAAUGCUACGAUUCCCUACGUCGAGGAGGCUCCAUCGGCGACGUCCUGGGACGAAGUGACGGCGGCAAUGGCGAUGGGACCCGGGCGUGCGAACAUGGAGCAGGACGUGCCCGAGGAGGUGAUCGACGAGGUUCUGGGUUUGGAGGAGGUCGAAGAGGACCGCGACGAGGAGGUCUUCCACGAGUGCGAGGAGGGAGACGGUGUCGAGCCUACCGAGCAGAAGAACAAAGAGGUGAUGAUCGACGACCAGGACAUCGACGAGUUCUUCUGCAUUGGCGACUACGACGAGGUGGGUUCGGUGCACGGAGCGGCACCGGAUGAUAUAAACUCUGCGGGCAGUGGGGAUGUAAUCCAACGUGAGCCCCACGGAGUCAAUGCUACCUCUAUCGCUCAGCAAAGCUCCCAAUGCGAAGACCUUGCCAGAAGGAAGCUCGGCCUCAAGCUCUUCUCCUACGAGGACCUUCUGGAAGUUGUGAAGCUUAUCCCGUUGAAGACCGUCAAGGGGAGAAGAGGUUCGAAUCGUGGCGGGGGAGAAUGCACUCAGUACUUCCUGGGGGGCAUGUUCACCUACGGGAAGUUCUAUGGCUUGGCACGGGGCAACAAGUUGUUGCCUUGGACAGUGAAGUAUGUGAACUCUUUUGCCCGGGACAAAUUCCAAGGUGCAUGGACUUCUUUCGUGAUCUUCCACAACACUGCGACGCAGGUCCAUGCCGAUGUUCACAACCUCCCUGGCACGAAGGUCACGACCGUAACCUUCGGCGACUUCGAGGGCGGUGAUCUAUGGCUUCAAGAUGAUGAUGGAGAUGUACCCAGGAGGGCUCCGGAUGGAACCGUCCUCCAUGGAAAGACCCACCGCACGAAGGAAUGCCCCAUCAGCUUCGACGGGAAGAUCAAGCACGCCACUCAGGUAUGGAAAGGGGACCGAUGGACUCUGUCAUGUUUUUCGACAAGGAACUUCCGGGAAGCCGGCGCGCAGCUCCGAGAUGAACUUCGAGAUCUGCGGUUUCCUUUGCGAGGCCUCCCAACGCGAUCUACCACUACCGGAGACGAGGACCUCGGGACCACACAAGCACCUAGGCCCCGGAAAAGUACGCGAAAGUCUUUGUGGAAGUCGGCUACGAGACUUGCCUCUUUGACGACGUGGUGCACUACGGCGGCCUCUAUGUGCCUCACCGAGAGUUUUCCGUUAUCUCGAGGACCGGAUGCGGUGACCCUCUUUGAGAUUGGCGGCAUCUCCAAAACUGUUGAGCAUGGGGACCUCCCUUUCGCGAUGCUCGAGCCGUAUGAGUAUGACCCGCAGGCCACUCUCGAGGAGAACGUCACUAGCGUUAACAAGAUGAUGACCGACUUCGUCCCGGAGGUCUCGGCUGGAAAACAGCUCGCCAUCGAAGCGGGUGACGGCGAUCCUCUUUGGAACUCAGACGCUCUACAAGACUUGAUGAAGAGGCACGAGGAGAAGUAUCAUCGCCGCGACGGAGAGUUCGAUGUCCUACGCUUCAAUGAUGGGAAUGGAAAGAAAAGCGACUUUCACUACGACAACGACAUCCCCGAGUUCGUCGACUACGUGUGUCACCCAGACAAGAAAAGGGGAACAGGAUCAGGAGGACCUUCUCUUGAAGAACCCUGUGGUGCCGAGGCCUAUGUGACGAGCACUUUGGAUCAUGGAGGGGGGACAGGAUCAGAAGGACCUUCUCGUGAAGAACCCCGUGGUGCCGAGGCCAUUUCGUUUGAGAAAGGAAAGACACUGGCUCCUGAGGUGACGUCGUCCCUGAAGCAUUUACACCAGAACUUGGGUCAUCCUACGAACCUUGUCUGUCACAGGAACCAAAGAGGGUCCAGCGCCAAGCCGGCGACCUUACCUAACCUCCUGGAGUUCAACCAGAUGGUGGCGGUGGACGCGUUCUAUGUGUACGACUGCGACGGCGAGAAGGUCGAGCUCAUGAUGGUGAUCGACAUCGGGACGGGUUUUAUAUCUGCGGGAGAACUCCAAGGGCACUCCGGAGCGGCCAUGGAAGCAUCGUUUUGUUCAAUCUGGAGCAACACUUUCGGAGCGCCGGGGACGAUGAUAUUGGAUCUGGAAAGCGGUCUGCAAGCUGGCCUAGGAAGGUUCAGCGAGUGGCAUGGCACGAAAAUUCGUGCCGUCGCGGGACAAGCUCAUUGGCAAAAUGGAGCUGUCGAGAGGGCCAUCAGAACCUGGAAGGAGAUCUGGGGAAGACUGGUGGACGAAUGGUCAGCGUCUAUUGAAGAGGCGGGCAUGAUCAUCACCGCGGCCAACACCGCCAUGAACACCCUUCGUCGGGACUCCGGAUUCAGUCCCUCGCAAGCCGUUUGGGGACGCGAUCCGCGUCUUCCGGAGGAACUCCGAGGAACUCCUCAGGAUGAGCAGGUCGAGCACAUCGUGAGCCAUGACCGACUCCGCGCCCGAGAGCAUUCCCUCCGAAUUUCGGCCAAAGAAGCUUGUUUCAAGUGCCAGAAUGAUUCUAGGCUCCGUCGCUCCCUUCUUCAAGGUUCCAGAGUGGCCGGCCCUGAACUUCAGCAGGGCGCCCGAGUCUUCUUUUACAGGAAGCCCAAGAACAACAAGAAUUGGCAAUGGCAUGGUCCUGGGGUUGUGAUUGGAAAAGAAGGCCCUAACAUCUGGGUCUCCUUCGCCGGACGAUGUCAUCUCGUUGCCCCGGAACACAUCCGGACGGCGAGUGCCGAAGAGUUGGGUGCCGCCUUCAGCAUGAGAGCAACUCAGGACGAUUUGCAACGUCUUUUGGAACAAGAUUUCGGUGACGAGGACAUGUAUGAAGGGGAGGACAUGGAACUCGACGAUGACCACGGCCUUCAACCGGAAGACCCGGGAGACCUAGAUGAACACCAACAAGGCGGAGUUCGCCGUGGAGCGGACAAGACGCCCGCUCAACCUGUGACGAAGCGUCAUCGGACGAAGGGGCCACAGACCCAGGACCCAGCCGCGGCGGCCCACGACACCUACAUGAUGAAGCUCCCCAAGACACCGAGAGGCCGAGAAAAGGCACUGGAGAAAGAGUUGCCGUGGUCGAUGAUUCCGCCAGAACAACACCAAGGAUUCAAAGAUGCCGAACUUCGUCAAUGGGAGGAACACGUCGAGCACAACGCGCUCGACCCCCUCACGGUCGAGGACAGCCGCGAUAUCCUGAAGAACAAGUCCGAUCGCGUGCUCAACAGCAGGUUUGCUUACCGAGAUAAGCUAUGGAGUCGACGACGAGAGCAACCUGAUGUGGGCUGGAAGCACAAGGCGAGGCUGGUCAUCAGCGGACACAAGGACCCCGACCUCCUUAAAGGACUUCCGACGCAUGCUCCCACUAUCUCUCGGCAAGGCAUCCUCUUGCUCCUCCAGAUCCUGGCUUCGAACCUUCAACAUGGCUGGCAGGGAUAUGCGGGAGAUGUGACAGCUGCUUUCUUGUGCGGAGAAGAACUUGAACGGGAGUUGUACCUGAGGCAACCCAGGUCCGGGCUCGGAAACCUUCAUCCUGAACAACUUUUGCGGAUCCGGAAGCCCAUUUUCGGCCUUGUGGACUCACCCGCAGCUUGGUGGAGCAAAUUCCGCAAGACUAUGAAAUCCCUCCGCGUCGACUGCAGAGGGAAAAAGUGGAAAGUGGUGCAGAGCAGUCUGGACCACUGCAUCUUCAUGGUGCAGGAAAUAGUCUCCGGGGAGGGGACCGACGAUGAGGAGCUAGGCCCACCACAGGCCUACCUUGGAGUACACGUUGACGACGUUCUCCUUAUCGGGGACAGCGAGUUGUGCGAGGUCCUGAAGGCUGAGAUCAGCCGACUCCUGCCUAUUCGUGAGUGGGAGUCCGAGAAGUUCGACUACGUUGGGUCCUACAUCGAGAUCAAGGAGAACCUCGUCAGGAUCUCACAGGCCAGCUACACGGCUACACGUCUCUUCGAGGUGGAGAUUGACAAGGAUAUCCCGGACCACUACGAGGCGACUGAGACGCAAAGACAUGACAAUAUGUCCCUCAUCGGAGCUUUGUCAUGGAUGGCUAGCCAGUCGCGUCCCGACCUACAAGUGGGGGUGUCCAUGAGCCAGCAAAGGCAGAAGGAGCCUACGGCGGGAGACAUCCGUUUCACGAACCAGCUGGCCCGGAGAGCGAUCGAGCACAAGGAGAACGGCCUGGAGUUCCACCCCGUUGACCUCGACCACGCGGUCCUCCUCUGUUAUCACGAUGCAGGCUGGGCCAACGUCCCCCAGAACCAGGAGGACCCGUACUACAGCCUCACCGCUGAAGAGAACCUAGCAGGCCAGAUCCUGGACGGACCGUUUGCGAGGAAAGAUGCGAAGGCCAAGAAGGCGAAUUCUUCAAUUACCUCCCAGUUGGGAGGACUCUACAUUUUGGCGGAUCGACGAGUCCUACAUGGAGAAGAAUGCCUCGGGAGCAUCCUCGACUGGCGAAGUGGAGCUUGCGACCGAGUUUGUCGGUCGACUUUCUCGGCGGAGACGAUGGGAUGCUCAACGGCUACUGAGACCGGCGACUACAUUGCACGUUUUCUAGAGACGCUGCUGACCGGAAAGCUCGAGCGAAAACGCUCUCGCUUCGCGAUCCGCUUUAUCACAGACUGUAGGAGCCUGUACGAUCACCUCACGCGGGACGGAGUCCCACGAGUUCCUUCGUGCAAGCGUCUUGCAAUAGACCUUGCAGGCAUUCGCGAGGACCUUUCCAAUUACGGAAGGAUCGUGUGGGUGCCGACUUGGGCACAGUUGGCAGAUGUGUUGACCAAGCCACUCAAGCCAGACCAGUGGUGGAGAACAGUCCGAAACGGGCUGAAGUUGACUUUUAUUGAGGCACAAGAGUUGCUCGAAGCGACAAAAAGCGUCGCACUGCCGGCCGAGGCCCUGGGGAUCGAAGAUGUCCACAUCCUGCGACUGAAGAUCUACGUUUUUUUGGAGCUGGCAGUCAUUGCUUGGCGCGUGUCCCUGCAAGGUUUGGUGGAGCUAGCAGUCAAUGGUUGGCGUGGAGGCUUGAGCGAAACGACGUUCCCGCACAAGCCAGCCAUCCGCUAG